AUGAGGGAGUUUUUGCUCCUGAGAUCUGGAAAAAAUGUGAAAGACGUGAGACCACCACCAAAAUCAUCUCGAAAGCUUACUAUUCUAGUAACUGGUAUAUCAUGCGUUCUGAUUUUCAACUACUACACAAGCAGCGUCGUCAGUUGGUUGUUGAACGGACCACCACCAUCUAUUAACUCUUUAUGGGAACUGAUGGAUAGCCCUCUGGAACCGAUCUUUGAGGACGUUGGUUACACAUGGUCCUGGCUUCAGCUACCCGAUUAUUAUUACAAUAAAAAGAACGCGCGCGCUGAAGAUGUUUUGAAGAAGAGAAUUAAAAAGAAAGGAAAUUUAAUUCUAACAUCCCCAAUGAAGGGUGUGGAAAUGGUGAGAACUGGAGCAUAUGCCUUCCACUGCGAUGCGAACAUUGCAAAUAAAUACAUAGCGAAAACUUUCACGCCGAAAGAGCUCUGUGACUUGGAUUCUUUGCCGUCUUUUGAAAAAGCACUAUUGUAUACAUCGGUUCAGAAAAAUAGUCCUUACAGAGAGUUCUUUAUUUGGAGUUACGCUCGAAUAUCAGAACAAGGAAUAAUGAAAUUAAUUCAAUCUCGAACGUAUCCCCGUGUGAUGACAUGUGAGGGGAGUUCUCCAAGGGCCCUAGCACUUGGAGGCGCUGCUCCGGCAUUCAUAAUGCUUGCUAUCGGAUAUGUUGCCGGCACAUUAAUUAUGUUUAUGGAAAGGUAUAAUCAAGUUAUAGUUUAG